GUGGGAGCCGCGACGGGUAGCUCUGGGGCGCCGGGUUCGUCGAGGGAGGAGAAGGAAGGCGUGGAGGACAUUGCGACAGAAGUCCCGGGGCUCUGGCUCUGUGGAAACCUGCCGCUCGUUUGUAAUAGAAGAACCGCGGGGAGGCCUGCUGAGGGAGGUGUUUGUGGAAGGUGUCGUGUUCCCUGGGAGUGCCCACGGGUCCGCAUACCUCUCAGGAGAUUACAGCUGGGUUGGAGCAGCGGGCGUUUGGCUGUCUUUCCCGACCAAGUAAUCCAACAAGGAACGGGAUUUGUUCUGGUCAACGUGGAGGUGUACUGUAUACCUUUACCUGAAGAUUUUGAGAAAGUGUGGAAGCCUGGAAUAAGAAAUUAUUUAUAUUGGCAAUGUGUGAAGCAGCCCUAAUGCAGAACAAACUGAGUGAUGCCUCAGAAGGUGAAGAUGACAUGCUAUACGGAGAUUUGGGAAAUGGAUUUAAAAAACAUAGUGAUCUUUAUGAACGAGAAGGCUUCCACAAAUAUACAGUGCGGCCUAGAAGUGGUUCUGCAAGGAAGAGCUUGCCAAGCAAUGGAGAAGAAUAUGAAGCAGUAUUUUUUCAUUGCUCAAAAUGUAACAGUUUGAAUGACGUGCCAGUCAGAAAAAUUGGAAUGAAUGGAUUUGUUCACUGCAAACAACAAGCCAGUCCUGAGUCUAAUUCUGAGGCGUCAAAUGAAGAAUUACAGCAACGUCUGCAGGAAAUUUUAGAGGAAGUAGAAAUUUUAAGAGUGGAAUUGGAAGCAUCUCAAAGACAACUUGAAGGCAAAGAGCAAGCUUUAAAAAUUCUGCAGAGCAUGGCUGUUUUGGACAAAGCUACUAGUCAUACUAAAGCAGUAUUUAUAAAAACAGAGCAACAAAGACGAUCUUUAGAAAAGGAAAUAAAUGUUCUGCAGUGGGAGAUCAGAAUUAAUCAGGAGAAAUUAAAAAAUGUAGACGAGACCUGGGCAGAGAAAUAUGAGAGAAUUUAUUGUGAAAAUGCUGCAUUUAAAGAAACACUUAAAUUGAAAACUGAAGAAAUUAAACUACUAAAGUCUGAAAAUCAACUUUUAGAGCAACAGCAUUUGGAGAUGAUUGCGAUGCUUGAUGUAAAACAGCAAAAGUUUGUUCAAGAUAAUAUGUCUCUUAGCAAGAGUGGCGUUACUGAGGUUACAGGUCUUGAAUUGGCAGUACUUGGAGCCUGCGCUUGCAAUGGCCCCGAAGGAGAACCCUGUUCCUGUGCCAAGAUGUCAGCAGCAACUCGAAAGCAGCUUCUUCAACUCAAGCAAGAGUUUGAACUUCUGAAGAAGAGUAAAGAAGAAGCUUAUAUAAUGGCAGAUGCCUUCAGAAUAGCUUUUGAGCAGCAGCUGAUGCGGAGGAAGGACCAGGCUUUCAGGCUUGCACAGAUGAGUAAGAUCUGCAGAAAAGAAACUAAAACAGCAAAGUGGAAAAGCACCAAAGAAUAUGAAAAAAGAAAAAGUCUGGGAGAAAAGCUGAUGGGCAUGCUUGCUUCUGGCACCGAUAGUAAGACAGUAGAAGAACUGGAUAAUCCACUGGAGAUCAUUAGGAUGCUAAUAGACCUGCUGAAUGAUAAGGAGGAGAUUUUGGCUCAUCAAAGGAAGGUUAGUUAUAUGCUUGCUCGUGCACUGGAAGAUAAAGAAGAUACUUUACAGCAAAAGAAAGAAAAUACAUUUUCAGAGGAAAAGUUUACUUUUAAAAACAACCAGUGCAAAAAAGAGUUAAAACCCCAAGAACGGAUUUUUCCUGAAUGUUCAUGUUGUCAAACAUAUCCUGCUCAGGAUGGCUUUUCUUUAGCUUCUAAUACAUACCCCAGCAGAAUGCCAAGUUCUCAUUCCAUGGGAUCUAAGGAAACUAAACAUCACAACUUCAAAGAAACAGCUAAUACGAAGUAAGGUAGUGCUUUUUAGGAAAAUGUAGAUCUAGGAGGAAAAAAAUGACAAGAAUUUCCUUAAUAUUUUCCUUCAUAAUUUAGGGCUCUUAAAUGCCAUCUGUGCUCCACUGAACAUACGGAAUUUUUAAAGGAGCAGACUUCUUCAUGAGUUCCAUAUCAGGGACGUGCCUAUAAACACAAAUGGAAAAACUGCUCAUUAAAUGGAAGGCAGAAGGAAAAGCUGAAAAUAUGCAAGGGUUUAAUCUAUCUCUGUAACACCUGUACUGAACUGUAAUUCUGCCAUAAUUCAGGAAACUGUAACCAUAAGAUUACUUUAAGCACAUUUUACCAUUUAAGUAACUUAUAAUUUCAGUAUAGAAAAUAAGUAAAUGUAUAAUUUAUUGUAGAUGGCUGCCCAUCUCAGCAGUCUGUCUGUGAACAGAAGGCCUUAUUCCAUUCUUCUAAAGCAGUGUUUCUCAACCUUGACAGCUUUCAGAGGUGUGGACUUC